UCAAGAAGCUGCCCGGCUUCUCACCAGCUCCCUUUCCUCUCCUCACUGGCUGAUGGAUCCCAAGGGGUUCCUCUCCUUGAACUUCCUGCUGCUUCUCUCACUGGCUUUUGAACUGAGCUGCGGAACAGGCAAGGGCUAUAAUUGCCCGAUGGUCCAUGGGCAGUUGGGAAGCAGUGUGCUGCUACCCCUGACAUCUGAAGCGGCAAGUAAGAGUAUGAACAAGAGCAUCCACAUCACUGUCACCAAGGGAAAAUUACCAGAAAGCAACCGCAAAAUUAAACUCGUAUCUCUUGAUUUGCCAAAAGAAGGCUCUCUACGCCACCUGGAAGAUGGCUAUAAAUUUCAUCUGGAAAACCUGAGCCUGGUGAUCCUGGAAAGCAAGAAGGAAGAUGAGGGCUGGUACUUUAUGACCGUGGAGGAACAGGUUUCAGUCCAGCACUUUUGCCUGCAGCUGAAGCUCUAUGAGCAGGUCUCCACUCCAGAAAUUAAGGUGUUGAACUGGACUCAGGAGAAUGAGAGCUGCAGUUUGAUGCUGGCCUGCAUGGUGGAAAGGGGGGACCAUGUGGCUUACAACUGGAGCGAGGAGACAGGUGCCAACCUGCUGAGCCCAGCCAACAGCUCUCACCUCCUGUACCUCACCCUCGGCCCUCAGCAUGCCAACAAUAUCUACAUCUGCACCGCGAGCAACCCCAUCAGCAACCGCUCCGGGAUCUUCAUUCCAUGGUCCAGCUGCAAGUUGUAUUCCCCAGUACCAAGACAAUGGGGACUGUAUGCUGGGCUGUUCUUAGGGGGCAUCAUUGGUGUCAUCAUGAUUCACCAAGUGGUAAAUCUACUGUUAAGAAGAAAAGGUAAAGCAGACCAUCAGCAGCCAACAGUGGAAACGAAAAGCCUUACUGUCUAUGCCCAAGUCCAGAAACCAGGUUCUGUUCAGAAGAAAUCUGAUCCCCUGCCAGCUCAGGAUCCCUGUACCACCAUUUAUGUUGCUGCCACAGAGCCUGUCCCAGAGCCUGCUCAGGUGAGGCAUCUCUUUGUAGAGAUUGAAUAG